UUGAAGGUACUAUGGUCUCGAAACGAAAGAAUCAUUGGCGAAGACUCGCUGACGAAUUCUCGAGACCCUCGAGUCAACAUCUAUCGCACAUCAUCCGAGUACUUUUUGAGAAUAGAAAAUGUUACUGCUGACGAUGCUGGAGAGUACAAAAUCACUGUUAGCGGAAUGGGAGUCGAUGCCACCUAUGACAUGUCUGGAGUGAGUGAACUUAAUUGUGCGCGUGGUGAGCUGGUAGGUCGGCAUCUUUUUUGUUUGUUUACGUUCGGGAUUAGCCGUACGCAAAGUUUCAAAUCUGGCUGCACUAAGGGAGACCCUCAUAAGCAAAAGUUUCGGAAGCGACUUCUUUUUGAGAAGAAAAAAGCUGUCCUAGCUGUCUUGUUGGUAACGUGCAUGGACUGUGAUCGUAGUUGCGACCUUCGCCACUGCAAACCUAUACAAACAGCGCAGAAAGAAUCAACUUCGCGUCUGCUUCUUAUGAAGGGUAGAUCAAAGAUGAUCAAUGGAUCGAUCCGCAAAUCUCACUUACGGGUCACGUCCGACAAGGUGAAGCCAUCAAGCAAAGGAUGUCCAAGAAACGAAAGAAUGUGCCGAUCUGGUCAUUGUUUGCCAGUAUCGCAAUUUUGUGAUCGAAUCGUCCAGUGCCCUGACGGCGAUGACGAACAAGACUGCUCGAGUGAGUUAUAUUUUCUCCGGAUUAUGCAAAAAGACAGUACCCGAAUGUACUAA